AUGACGGCGCUCGGGUCUUCGAUCUACAUGUUCGGCGGGUAUGGUAUAUCACCACAGCAGGAAGGAUACGAGAUCACCCCACAGGAAGGCGAUGAACCGAUGGCCUUGCACAUGAGCGACCUCUACGUACUCAAAGCAGAGGGAGAACUGCAAUCGCUCGGCACCAUCGCCACUGCUGAAGACAGACGCGACCACUCCUACGCACUCGACCUACGCCGAAUCGGCGAGAAUCUGGUGGUCGCCGAGGAUGGCCUGACAGUGGAGUACGUGGUGGAUGCCUCGGUGCUGUCUCCCUCGAAGCCGGCCGUGGUGAAGACGUCGACCCCGAUCAGGCGAAUCGGCGACGAGACCCUGUUCUACUUUGAGAUUACCGUCCUCGACCAGGGCCUGAAAGGGUACAUAGCGGUGGGUCUCACCGACGUCAACUAUCCGCUCAACAAGCAGCCAGGCUGGGUCAAACACUCGUAUGGCUAUCACGGCGACGACGGCAUGGCCUACCACAACCAGGGAUCAGGAAUUCCAUUCGGUCCACGAUUCGGCACGGGCGACACGGUGGGCUGUGGCCUCAUUUACGAGACGGGAGAGGUGUUCUUCACGAAGAAUGGUAAGUUCCUGGGCGUGGGCUACAGCAACGCGCAGGGCAAAGAGCUGUUCCCCUCGGUGGGUCUCCACAGCAGCGCCGAGAAGGUCGUCUUCAACUUGGGCAAGAAGCCCUUCAAGUUCAACUUUGAAGCCGAGGUCGUGGAGUGGACCGCGCUGAACCCGCGGGGCCAGGAGCCCGAGGGAAGGUCCGCUUCGCAUCUUCUGCCCUUCGGCUCCAAGCUGCUCCUCUUCGGGGGCUACAGUCCGGUCGACUUCUUUGACGACGUUCACGUCCUCGAUACUGACACGAUGGUCUGGAGCGAGAUGGCGACCAAGGGGCCAUUGCCUCGCUAUCGCGAUGUCUCAGUGAGCAUUUGCAUGAACAAGCUGGUCGUAUUUGGCGGCAGAUCUGCCAGCCGGUGCGUGAACUUUGUUUAUUUCUUGGAUCUGGCGACGUGGGAGUGGGAGAACGUGACCGCCAAGAUUGAGGGCGAUGGGCCGCGCGCGCGCAUGGCGCACGCCUCGGCAGUAGUGGGCGACAAGGUGUACAUAUUCGGAGGAGUCACCGCGGAGAAGCAGCUACUCAAUGACAUUCACAUCCUGGACGUCGGCCGGAUGCAGUGGAGUUCUCCGCAAGUGUACGGUCGUCCGCCCACCGCGAGGCAGAACGCAACGGUCACCCCUGUAGAUAAGCGACGUCAGCACAACGACAUGCACGUGUUCGAUACGGAGCGGCUCGCGUGGUACAAGCCGCAUGUGUCCGGGACCGUGCCGAGGCCGCGCAACCACCACACGGCGGCCGCAUUGAACGUCGAUGGACGGCAGCAGCUGUACUUCUUUGCCGGGUGGAACGGCCGUGGCUACAUGGAGGAUCUCGAUUGUCUCGACCUUCAGUCAGAAGAAUCGGAGGAGUUGCUUUCGGCCUGCAACCAGCCCGACUUUCACGAUAUCACGUUCUGGGUCGCGGGCAAACCGAUCUACGCACACAAGGUGAUCCUCGCUUCCCGGUCGAGCUACUUACGAUCGAUGCUGACCACAGGCGAAGACGCUAUGGCCUGCGAAGAGGAACAAAGAGGCGCGUGGGAGGACAAGAGCGAAGUGGUGCUGACCGACGUCACCGACUACAGUGUCUUCCUGGCCUUUAUCCACUUUUUGUACACGGACAUAGCGGACGCGACGACGGAGAUGAUCGGCGCCCUGCUCGCGGUCACCGAGAAAUACGGCAAGGAGCACAUUGAACGGAUGUCCGAGUACUUGAUCCUCACGCGACUCAAGACGCCUUCGUCUCUGUACAAAAAUCUCAGAUGGGCCUUCAACAACCCGCGAUUCUCCGAUGUCCGAUUCCUCGUGCGGGAGCGAACGAGAUCCGAGCGCGAGGAGGAGGAGGAGUUGUUCGGCGGCCACUUGAAGGGAAAGGAGCGGGACGCGGAUUCGCCCGCGACUGCGCCCACUGCGCAGCGCGUCUACGGGCACAAGGUGGUCGUGUGCGGCCGCAGCCCCUACUUCAAGGCCCUGCUGCUGGGCGGUCUCAAGGAGACGUCGCAGGAGGAGAUCGUCAUCAACCCCUCGGACGACGAGGGCCUCGGCGACGACAUGGCGGUCGAGGGCGAGUUCGCGCGCGGGAGGGGUUCGUUCGACGCCGUCGAUGCGGUGACGAGCAGCGCGAUCCGCUACGCGAUCUUCACGUCGCUGAUGAAGUACCUCUACACGGACGAGAUGGAGCUCGAGAACGACGAGGACCGGCUCGACCUCCUGGUGCUGGCCAACCUCUACUCGGUGGAGAGCCUCAAGAAGCUCAUCGAGGACGACCUCAUGCAAUCGCUCGACUUUGAGAACGUGUCGUGUCUCUUCGCCCUGGCCGACACCGCCAACGCGCUCAAUCUGCGCCGCAAGUGUCUUCACUUCAUCACAGAAAAUGAGAACACGCUGCAGGGCAUCAAGCUGACGUGGAGCUACAUGGACCUGAGCGGGGAACUCAAGGAGGAGAUCGCGAGGUUCUGGGCGACCAGACAGGCCCAAUAA